CGGGCAGGCUCGGGAGCGCGCAGCAUGAGCCAGGAGGACUGGGAUGCGGAGAUCGGCGACAGCGGGGCGCCCGUCCUCCCGCCCUUCGAGGAGCUGGAAAUGGGCUUCUCUGGAAGACCAGAUAGCCUCUUGUCUGACUGCAGUCAAAGUAUAACCUCGUUAGGUGCUGGUGAAGGACCUAACAAAAGUCAGCACAUGCAGGAUGUUUUUGGAGUUGGAGGAUGUUUUAGGAGUAAAGACACCAAUGAAUCUCUGAACAGAGAGGAUCAGCCAGUGAGAUUUGGUAGCGGAAGGAGUUUUGGAAACAGAGGUUUUCAAGAAAGGAACAGCAUAGAAGGUCCUGGUACACAAAGAGGAGGUUUUAGAGGAGCUUCUGGAGGCUUUGGACAAAGUCUAAGUAUUAAAAAUGAGCAAAGAGACAGACCUCAAUCUGGCAGUUUUCUUGCCUCUAGGGAGAGAGGAGCACUUGGAGGGCCUACAGGUGAUAGUGAAAGCUACAGAAGCAGAAUGUUUGGAUGCCAAGGAGGUUACAAAGGACAUAAUGAAGAAAUAGGUUCUGGAAGAAGUUCCUGGAAGUCUGCUGGUGAAACAGGUGGUGAUACAGGUCCAAAGGUGACUUAUGUGCCCCCUCCUCCACCUGAUGAUGAAGAAGCCAUCUUUGCACAUUAUCAGACAGGAAUUAAUUUUGACAAAUAUGACCAAAGCAUUGUUGAAGUAUCAGGACUUGACCCUCCACCAGCAAUACUAGCAGCUUUUCUUCUACCAAUUGUGGCCCAUAUGAUGAGAGAUGGCGUAACUGCCAGUUGCUUUAAAGAGCAGCAAGAACCAGAAUGUAUUAUUGUAGCUCCAACUAGAGAACUGAUAAACCAGAUCUUCCUGGAAGCAAGGAAAUUUGUGUAUGGGACUUGCAUAAGGCCUGUUGUGAUCUAUGGAGGAACACAAACAGGUCAUUCAAUUCGUCAGGUGAUGCAAGGCUGUAAUAUACUGUGUGCCACACCAGGAAGGCUUAUGGACAUCAUUGGAAGAGAGAAGAUUGGUCUGCAUAAAGUGAAAUACUUGGUGCUAGAUGAAGCAGACCGUAUGCUUGAUAUGGGUUUUGGUCCAGAGAUGAAGAAGCUAAUUUCUUACCCAAGCAUGCCGCCAAAGGACAGACGUCAAACACUGAUGUUUAGUGCCACUUUUCCUGGAGAUGUUCAGAGGCUGGCCGGUGAAUUUUUGAAAACUGAAUAUUUAUUUGUUGUUGUUGGACACGCGGGUGGAGCCUGCAGUGAUGUUCAGCAAAGUAUUCUUCAGGUUGCUCAGUAUUCCAAGAGGGAGAAACUGUUACAAAUUCUGCAAAGCAUAGAUCGUGAACGAACCAUGGUGUUUGUGGAUACAAAGAAAAAAACGGACUUCAUUGCAGCCUUUCUUUGUCAAGAAAAAAUACCAGCCACUAGCAUCCACGGAGAUAGGGAACAGAGAGAGAGAGAAACAGCUCUUCGGGAUUUUCGCUCUGGAAAAUGCCCAGUUCUUGUGGCAACUUCAGUGGCAGCGAGAGGCCUGGAUAUUGAAAACGUUCAGCAUGUUAUUAAUUUUGAUCUUCCUUCCACCAUUGAAGAGUAUGUACACCGAAUUGGACGAACUGGUCGUUGUGGAAAUACAGGCAAAGCCAUUUCUUUCUUUGAUAAUGGUUCAGAUGGCCAUCUUGCACAAUCUCUAGUUAAAGUGCUUUCAGAUGCUCAGCAGGAGGUUCCAGUUUGGCUGGAAGAAUUUUCUUUUAGUGUCCAUGAAACUGGUCUUAGUGUUCCAAGAGGAAGUGUCCUUACAUCAGUUGAUACCCGAAAAAAUUAUGAAGGCAGAGGCAGCACCAACCCAGGAGGAAUGAGAAUGUCAUACACUGCAAGUGCAUUUGAGUCAUGGGAUUAAACUCAUUUAGUACCAAACUAGAUUGUUUUCUGUUGUGCUUUGUGAGCUGUUGCACUUACUGUUCCUUAUUGUUGAGCUUUAUGGAACACAAUGUUUAAAGGCUAGCUGAUAUCAUAUAAUAAUGCCUGCAACAACAUAUGCAUACUCAGUUAUGGUGAACCCUGUGAUUAUCACUUCAUGUAAGAAUGCAAAAGCCAUUUUUAAGAAACACUUCAGGUAUUUCUUUAAGUGUUAAAACUUUCAGUAAGAGUUCACUGAUACUUGGCAGCUUAUAUGUUGCUAUAAAGAUGUGGAAUUUGAUCCCUGUUUGUUUUGUAAGUGGAAAAUAGAUUUGCUGAAAUUACCACUUUGUUAUCAAAAUUUUGCAUGGAAAAAUUGUGUUGUGAAAACCUGUCUUGGGAAAGGCUUCUAUAUAAAGAGCUCAUCUAAACUUAAUGUCUCUUCCUAUUUCUACAGGUCAGUUAUAAAAUUUGUACCAAAUGAUGAGAUGGCUUAUCUUAAGGUGCUGUUAAACUUGUGAACACUUAUUUAAUAAAUACUUGAGGAUCA